UUGGUACCGGUCUGCUGUUAAUUCGUACUCAAAUUAAUUCGUAAUCUGUAAUUUUGGUCAAAUCGGUUGUGUGCAGGCGAGUGCUUGUAAUUUGACAGUUUCGUAACACUUAUGCUAGUUAUCGACUAAGUUAUUGUUUUUCUGAUUUAUCUGUUCUUUCAUGGUUAAAAUGAAUUCCUCCUUGUAUAAUUUAGUGAACAAAAUGAUCAUCAAACACCCAGACAGGCUCGCUGUUCAAUUUGAUAAUGGGGAGCAACUUUCAGCAAUCUCUUACACACAGCUAAGAAACAUAUCAUCUCUGGUGAUAAAGUUGCUACAUGGAAGAGAAAGUGAAGUUAUUGGUUUAUGUCUUUACACGGACCAUAGGUUACCAGCAAUUUUACUUGGAGUCCUUGGAUGUAAGGCAGCAUUCUACAACUUUGAUGCGAAAGGUUUUAUGUAUGCAAGACAGGUGCUAAAAGAUAUAGGGACACAGAUUCUGUUAGUACAUAAAAGUUUUAUUCAGGUCAUAAAGAAUCAGAUCAAAGAAGAGGAGGUUGUUUAUACUCCAGUAUCAGUUCAAGGGUUAGAAGAUUAUUUUGUGAUACAGUUUACGUGUAUCGCACGGAAAUAUUGUAAAUCAAGACUUGCAUAUUGUAUUACUACAUCCGGAACCACUGGCAAGCCGAAAGUUGUUAUGGUACCAAACGAAUGCAUAGUGCCUAAUAUUCUUCAUCUAAGUAAACUGUUCUCAGUGACCUUAGAUGACCUUGUGUUAGGAGCAACAGUCUUGACCUUUGACCCUAGUAUUAUAGAGAUAUUUAUAGCAUUGAGUGUUGGAGCUUGUGUGUUGAUGGUACCUCCAACAGUGAAGAUGAUACCUGACCGUUUACUAGACAUUAUACAUGUUAGGAAUAAAGUCACAGUGAUUCAGGUAACACCAACAUUAUUUUCAAGAUUUGAUGCUAGCAAAUUAUCUGACACAAUAUUGGGAGAUAAAUCCAAUGUAAGAGUUAUUGCCCUUGGUGGAGAGAGGUUCCCAUCAUGCACUUGGCUGCAGUCAAUGAGGUCAACAGGCAACCAGACAUGUUUCUAUAAUCUUUAUGGUACAACAGAAGUGUCUUGCUGGGCGACAUGCUAUAAAGUCACUGACAUAGAUUUUAGACUUUCAGAAGAAAUUCCCCUUGGUGACCCUCUUCAGGAUACAGUGCUUGAGGUACAUGAUGAUGUUGGAAACAUUGUUACUGAAGGAACUGGAACACUUUGGAUUGGUGGGAGUAGAAGACAAUGUAUGACUGGUGUUAAUGAGGAGCUGAACUUUGAUCAUGUGGUAGUGAGAGAUACUGGGGAUAUGGUGAGAAUACACAAUAACAACAUAUAUUAUAUCAGUAGAAAAGAUCAACAGAUGAAACGAAAUGGUAGAAGGAUGAAUCUUGAAGAAAUUAAAAUGGUUUUAAAAAAACAUGAAUAUGUUCAUGAUGUGGAAGUAUUACUUAUAGAUAAUCAGUUGAUUGUGUUUAUUGUACCUUCACAUCUGGCUGUGAACUCUGAGAUGAUCAAUAUAUACAUGAAGGACAAUCUCCCUUCUCAUUGGUGGUCAGACGUAGUUAUAACUAUUGCCAAUCUACCUGUCACUCAACAUGGUAAAAUUGAUAAAAAAGCUCUAGAGAAGAUUUAUUUUGAUAGAGACGUUGAUGGGGAAAGAAUUGAUAUUACAGAAUAUCUUGAGUCAAUGUGGAAGGAGCUUACAGAUAGAUCUACAUCAAGUACAUGUAUACCAGAAACAGAAAAUUUUAUACUAGCUGGUGGUGAUUCUUUAAAAGCAGUUCAACUUGCUAAUGUUAUAGAAAAUAUGUAUAACAUACUGUUGCCACAACUUGUUGAUAUAAUGCUACAUAAAACAUACAGUGAUGUUAGAAAAUAUGUUGCCAUGUGUGUUCAACAAGAAUUACAAAAGGGUGCGAAUGUAAAAAGUUCUGAAAAUGAUCAAAGACUAGUGACAGAUAACUUGAACCUGAAAGAAGGCCAUGGUAUUGAUAUAAAGUCAGGUGGUGGAAGUUCGGAUAAACAAGGUUUUUCUGAUGAAAAUGUUUGUUUAACAGAAAAUGAAAAUAUUGCUAAAAAAGUGCAAGCAAGAAGAACAGAUGAUUCAGGUGAUGGUAUUGGCAAUAAGAAGUAUGCUGAUAAAGAAGUGAAGAUUGAUAAGGAAUUAACUGUAUGUUCAAAAACUGCAGACAGUAAACUUGAUUAUGAUGAGAAGUUUUUUGACAAAGUGAAAAAGGUGAGCAAGAAAAGAAAGCUUUCAGGAGAGCAUGGGUUAUCAAACAAAUUAAGUUUGGAUUUAAAUGAUAUUCAGUUUACAUUAAGAAGAUGCAGUCAGUGUGAUUAUGUGUAUGGAUAUAAAGCAGAUGGUGUUAAACAUAAAACAAUGAUAACCAAGGCUUCUAAUGUAGAUGAGGGUAAAGAGAAAUGUACAACAAUCGUUGCUGAAAGAUAUAUUUUAACAUUAGUAGAAGUGUGGAAAUAUGACACAGGAAAGUGUGUGGAUGCAUCCCCAUUGCUGCUUGUAAAAUCCAGGGGAGAGUUUAUAGUGAUGAUAGGAUCUCACUCUCACAGGUUUUCGGCUUUAUAUGGCAGUACAGGGAAAAAACUAUGGGAGACAACUCUACCUGACAGACUAGAAUCAUCAGCUUGUCUAAGUACGUGUGCAAACUUUGUCAUCGUAGGUUGUUAUGAUGGAAGUGUAUAUAUUUUGCAUAUCAACAACGGUGAAAUUUGGUGGCAGUUCGAGACUGGUUCACAAGUGAAGUGUUCACCUGUUGUUGAUACCCAAACUGGACUGGUCUACAUUGGUUCUCAUAGUCAGACUGUGUACUGCUUAGAUGUCAGGGGACAAAAAGUGGUAUGGGAGAGAGACUUGAAAUCAGGCAGUAUAUUUUCCUCCCCCUGUAUCAGCAAUGAUCCACAUCAUCUUUAUAUAUCUACACUUGGUGGAAAAAUAUUCACCCUAGAUCCAGCAAGUGGAGAAACAAUAUGGGAGUAUAUUGUAACAAAACCAGUGUUCUCAUCACCUACCCUCACAUCACAAGGAGUGUGUGUUGGUUGUACUGACAUGUACAUGUAUCAUUUCAACUUUAAUGGAACAUUGUUAUGGAAAUAUUUGACAAAUGGCCAUAUAUUUUCAUCUCCUUCUUAUAAAAGUCGAACAUUAUCGACUAGGAAUGUAAAUUGUGCCGAAGAUAAUUGUGCUGUCUCAGGGUCUACAAAGGAUGAUAGUAUAGAUAUUGAUCAGAUCAAACAUACUGGUGCUACAUCAGGAUAUAUUACAUUUGGUUCUCAUGACAAAUAUUUAUAUUGUGUAACAAAUGAUGGUAAACUUGUUUGGAAGUUGCAGGUAGAUUCAGCGGUGUAUUCAUCACCAUUCCAGUGUAUGAUUAAUUGUAACAGUAAUAAUUUUGGUGAUUAUUUCCAUACUGAUGAUUUCAAUAAAUUUUCAAAACCCCAUAUCUCUGAAGGACAAGUUAAACAAAAUGCAUUAGAAAGUUGGUAUACUGGUAUUCCAGAGCAAGAAUUUGAACAAAAUCAGGCUGGAAAUGAAGCAACUUCUGAAAAAAAAGUCUUAACAAAAAGUGAAUUUUCAAACAAAGAUGACAACCAUCAGGUAUCUAAAAAUGAUAACCCUUGUAAGAUCAUGAGUGACUGUGAGAUGCAUGUAGUAGUUUUUGCCUCUACAUCUGGUACUUUAUAUGUAGUAGAUGUUCCUACAGGAGUUUUGCUGUGUAAACAACAUUUAGAUGGUGAAAUUUUUUCAUCCCCAGUUGUUUAUAAUAACACUGUUAUAGUUGGCUGUAGAAAUGAUUUUGUAUAUUGUUUUAAAAUAUCAUCAGACCAAAGCAAUAAGUCAGAUUGUAUGAAUAAAUAAAAUUAAGAUAUUUGUAGAAUUUGCUUGUCAAUUUUAAUGUUUUGUCCACUUUAUCAUCCAAUCUUGUAAAUUCUUAAUGUCUGUGAAUAAAAUGGAGUUCUUUUUAAUGUACAAAUUGAAUAUAUAA